AUGGAGCUGCUUCGUUUUGCUGUUUUUUCUGUUCUGCUAUGUCUGGCUCUUGCGGGGAGUGAUAUGACGUCGUCACAUUCGGCUGAAGAAUACUGGCAUUCAAUCUGGCCAGACACUUCUAUGCCUAAGAAUUUGGAGUAUCUGUUGUGGUCUGGCGUGAACGAUGCAGAGAAAGAUGAUACUCAAUAUCCCUAUACCAGCUUCUUUGAAGAAGACCUUCAUGCUGGCAAACAAAUGAACAUAAUAUUCAAGAGUCCUUAUGCUAAUGAGGAGCAGAAAAUUGAUAUUGUGGAGAAAGAUCCAGAGAAGUCCUUAUCUUCUCAAUCUUGGAAUGCUUUAUCAGAAAAGUCAAGCUUGAAUCAACCUUAUGGGGUUGGUACAUGGAAAAGACACGUAAGGGAUGCUGACAAGUCAAGCUUGAAUCAACCUUAUGGGGUUGGUACAUGGAAAAGACACGUAAGGGAUGCUGACAAGUCAAGCUUGAAUCAACCUUAUGGAGUUGGUACAUGGAAAAGAAGCAUGGUGGAUGUUGAUGAGUCAAGCUUAAAUCAACCUUAUGGAGUUGGUACAUGGAAAAGAAGCACGGGGGAUGCGUGGAAAAGAAACCCAGUGGAUGUUGACAAGUCAAGCUUGAAUCAACCUUAUGGAGUUUAUACGUGGAAAAGAAACCCAGUGGAUGUUGACCAGUCAAGCUUGAAUCAACCUUAUGGAGUUUAUACUUGGAAAAGAAGCGCAGUGGAUGUUGAUAGGUCAAGCUUGAAUCAACCUUAUGGAGUUUACACAUGGAAAAGAAACCCAGUGGAUGUUGACAAGUCAAGCUUGAAUCAACCUUAUGGAGUUGGUACAUGGAAAAGAAAUGCAAUGGUAAAUAAUGAGCCUAAGAGUUUAAGAUUGAAAGAAAUAUGCAAUGUUAAGGAAAGGUUUGUUGGAGAAGAUGGCAAGUUUUGUGCAGAGUCUGUGGAAUCAUUACUUGAUUUCGUCAUUUCAAAGUUGGGGAAGGACAUUGAAGCACUCACAAGCUCGUUUGUGCCUCAUCAAACUCAGUACACAAUAUUGGAGGGUGUUCAGAGGGUUUCAAGUGAAGGUGUGAUGUGUCACAAGCUGAAUUUCAAGAAGCCUGUGUUUUACUGUCAUCAAGUGAAUGCAACAAUCACUUACAUAGUUCCCAUGAAAGCUGCUGAUGGCACGAGAACAAAUAUAGUGGCUCUUUGCCAUCGUGAUACGAGAGGCAUGGAUCCCCAUAAUUUGUUCCAUCAACUCAAAGUCCUACCAGGAACAGUGCCAGUUUGCCAUUUCUUGGGAUCCGGAGCUAUCUCUUGGGUUCCAAGAAAUAAUGAGCUUAAGGCUUCUCGCUAAGCAAGCUAGGCUAGUCUCUAGCUUUGGUGGGUUACGACUUUUAAAUAAAA